UAUAUCUUCAGGCGGCAGGCGCAAGCUGCAGUGUCACCAUUGCGGCAGUCGUCCAACAUACCAGCGCUUGGAGAUGUGCGGUACAGCAUAGCUACAGGCGCACGCCGUAGUGCCAUCUAGCGGCGGCUCAAAAGUAUAGUAGCUUCACGACAAUUCUUAGCUACAAGACUAAACGGACAAUACGACAACUUAGCGAACAAGGAAGUCCGGCAGCGUACGUGCCUGGGUGUCGGUAUCGUCGGUAUUGGACGGGAGCUCGCCUUUGGUUCGACAGCUGGCCGGGUUCUGCCUUUGACCGCCGAGUGGCGCCACCGUCUGCCCGUCGACCGUCCUCGUGGGUCCGCCGAUCCGGCGACAGUGUACGGUGAAGUGCCGCCGUCGCCGGGCACACCUCUGCCCCAGUUUGGUACUCCAGAGUGUACCGUGGUCUGGCUGCGUCCGCGGCCUUCUGAGAGUCCAGCACAGGAGGGUCCUAGCGACGGUGCAGCAUGGCUCGGCCGUCCGAUGUGCCCGCCGCCGCCGCCGCCGCCGCCACUAUGCUGGCUAUCUUCCUGUGUAGUACAGGGGCUGUGGCUGCCGGUGACACGGCCUGUGACCGCGAGACCAUGCACCGGUGCACCUCUCCACUGCGAGUGCUCACAGACAACAGAGACCUGGGCUUCGCUGCCUCCCGGCGCGAGCUGGCCAGGAUGUGUCCGACUCUGAUGGAGGGAAUGGAGUGUUUCGACAAUUUCACUGCCGACUGUCUGGAGCCCCACCAGCGGUCGUAUUUUCUGACGCUGUACACGGGCACCCGGCUCGUCAUCUCGGACCUGUGCGCCGAGGGCGGCUACCAGUCAGAGUACCUGCUGCACGCGCCGUGCAUGCGCACCGUGCAGCGCGGCUACGAGGUGUGUGCCGACGAGUAUCUCUCGCAGAUGGACAGGAUUGGCCCGGGCGCCACCGACGACAGCGGCGAACACUCGUCGGCACACCAGAUCCGCAAACUCUGCUGUUCUUUCAAGAGCUACCUGCACUGCUCACAGCAGGCCGUAGUACACAAGUGCGGCAUCGGCACUUCAAACUUCACCAAAAACUUUUUAGAGCGGCUGGCGGGACCACUGGUGGCGACCCACUGUUCGGGCUUCAUUCACGGCUCAGAGGUGUGCAGGAGCGGCGCCGGCUCGGUGCGGGCGCUCCUCGCCGGCUGGAUGACCGUCCUGCCGGCCAGCGGUCUGCUGCUGCUACUCGGCAGACUGGCCACAGCGUAAUGCGCGCUCCGCUGCCGCUACCGCCGCCGCCGCCGCCGCUGCCGCUGCCGCUGCUGCUGCCACCGCCGCUGCCGCCGCUGCCGCUGUCGCUGCUGCCGCUGCCGCUGCUGCACUGCUGCCGCUGCCACCGCUGCUGCCACCGCUGCUCAGCGCAGCGCGGUACAUACCGUCAACAAUGCAGCGGACAGAGCUCAGUCAUGACGUCUGAAUUAUCAGACAGUGUAAUUGGACAUCAGCACUGCAGUGGCACAGAGCGACCAGCCGCUCACCAAGACAGUGCUAUCGGGGAAAUCUAUAAGACAGUACAUUUACUCAUCAUUUACUGCCGAUAGUUUCGUUUUGUUCGUUUCAGGAAUCAUGUCAUUUGUUAACACCAGCUCGCGCCCCGCAGCAUAUACUGAACGACAAGAAAAGAAAAUUAUUUAGUACGGUUUGGUCUGAAAAUGCCUAUUGUUCAAGCAAACAUUCAUAUUAUACAUAAUCUGCUAGCUGGCAGGAAGUAUCAUUUAUAUUCAUGCGUAUAAAUGGUAUUGUCGUUCAUAUAGUAUUUUCGGAUACUUAUUGAGCAGACAAUCAUAGCUUUUUAUUAGCUAAAACAGUGAAGUUUUGUCUGAGGUAAGGCAGCAUUGCCUGAUUGUCAGACAGCACGACCAGCCAGUGUAACAGGGUAGCAUUAAUGGGACUCAAACAUAAAAAAGAUAUUUUCAACGUGACAUCGAACAAUGUUUAUCACCAUUUCUGAAAUGCUUCGAAAAUGGUGAUAAAAUCUUAAGAAAACAUUACCGAUUGCUGAUGGUGAAUGCAGUGUGCGUGGUACUUGUUUUAUUAGAAAUCCGCGGUCCAUGAGAUAGGUAUGGAUUAAUUAUUUUUGUGCAAUCUGUAGGCAUGACUAAUGAGUAAUGACUAUACUCUCUAUAUAAAAAUGUCUAUACUCACAUGUGAUCGUAACGGUGAGAGACUGACUGAAUUGUGAGCGGGUUUUCCCCGUUUACCUUGAAAUGCCGGUGUGAGGUGUGGUGUGUCCCAUAUCUUUGACAGCACAGGGUACCUAUGUCAUUCGUAUGGUGUAUGUGUCUGGAAGUCAAAUUGAAAAUAUAUUUGACAUUCCAUUACUUUCAAGGAAUGACGAUACACGACGGAUAUUGUUAUGUGCUCAAACAACGGCAAGCGGACGAAUUAUUAUUCCCUUACGACGUCGUUCACUGCGCGCUAUAGCUUUGAAUGUGUAUUCGGUAUUUACCUAACUAGUUGCGCAAAAUAUAAAUUGUAUGAGCCGUGGAAAUGGAGAUUAGACAAUGGAGACGAAUUCCUCCAUUCUUUUGUUACUUACUACUUACUUUUCAACUACGCAUACUCCGCUGCACAAACCGUGGGACCCAAUCGUAAUGCUGGUCUCCCGACACUUUUUGGACUGUCUGUCCUGUCCCGUUAUCCACUUGUGGGAGCUGUAAGAAUGCCUUUACUUCCAUAACUCACCAGGCGACCCCAUAAGUACUCGUAGUGUAUGUCUCAGGCAUGUAUGAUCAUCACGUAUUUAUCAAUUUCCUAAAAACGCUGCAAUAAGAUUUAAAAAAAAAAUAUAGAAAAGCAUUGAAAAAAUUCAGACAUGUUGCGGUAUGGCUUCUAGGGCAAAAAUUUCAAUUGUUCUUGAUGAUAACAAUGAAUCUUAAAAUCCACAACCUUAAGCGAUUUAUAUAUAAAAUGAUUGUGAUAACCAAGCAAACACCCAAACCCAUGUCCGUCCAGUAGCUCAAUUGCUAGCUUGUUGUACUCUUAGUGUAAAGAGCCCGGGUUCGAGUCGCUCUGGCGCUCGAUAGACAUACGAGGGGGUAUCGAAAAGUUCUGAUCAUCACAUAGAAGAUAUAGACCGAUUUUGAUGAUUUUUGGUUGGUAGUAUAUUUGGUUCUUAAGAACAAUGUUCCCGCAAAGAAAAUCCUGAGAAGUGGUUUUAUCUUAUGUAGGAGAGACUUAGAAGUAAAAAAGAUGAGUAUUGGGCCCAUUGAGGACCGAACCGUCAACCAACUAAUGCAUUUGAAACGGUAUCACACUGAGAAAAUACAUCAAGAACGUGCAGUUAGUUUAUGGCGAGGAAAGCCCAUCUCAUGCACUUACCGAAAAUGGAGAAAUAAUUUUCAACUUGGUUGCAUGGCCCUUGCAGGGGAGUCAAGAAGUGAGUGACUACCAGUGACUGACAAGGUGGUGACUGUGAAGGAAGUGGAGGACCUCAUCCUUACAGAUCGUCGUGUGACCUUUCAGAUGAUUGUGCAACAGAAAGGUCUCAAUGCUGGAAGCGCCUGAAAAUAUUAUCAGCGAAGAACUACAGACGAUAAAGGAGUCAGCCCGCUUAGAAGUUCGUGUGUCUACUUUGUUCAAGAGAAAAACGCGUCUCGGCCUUUCGAACUGAAAACUAGGCCUUUUUUAGGAAAUUGAAGACACCUUCGAUCAUUUGAUGACUUGUGACGAAUGCUGGAUCUAUGUGUAUGAUCCGGAGAUAAAAAGAUGAUCAAGAAGUUUAAGCACGGCACAUCUGUCCUUAAAAGGCGAAGAUGCAGAAGCCGAUAUGGAAGGUCAAUGCUGUCAGUGAUCUGGAUCUGGCGUAGGAUAGUCAUUGCCGACUGUCUUGAUGAUGGUCGGAUAAUGAUAAGCAAGUACUACUGCACACUUUUGAAGACGUUGUGAGAUGGCCUCAAGCAGAAUCGCCGCAAAAAUCUCAAGAAUGAUGUUUUAUCCGCACUGACAGCGCCCCCGCCCAGUCGUCCUGAGCUGCGAUUGAAGAAACAACAUGAAGUGGACAUUAAAUCCUACCGCAUCUAAGAAAUUCACCUGCCCGGGUAUUAACUGACUCUUGAUUGUUACGGGAGAUGAAGAAUCCACAGUAUGGCCGGUGACUUAAGAACAGAAAUGACGUCAUUGAUCAGGUGGAGCAGUGAUUUACGGGUCAGUGCGAGGGUCCUACAAUGACCACCUGAGGCAGCUCAAGAAACGAUGCAAUAAGUUUGCGGUCGUGUUUGGUGACUUGUAAAGGAGCAAUGAACAUCAUGUAAAAAAAUCAAAUUUCUAUCUCAUCUUAUUCAUGGUGAUGAUCAGAACUUUUCGAUACCCCCUCGUAUACGAACUCCAGACGGAGAAGGCCUGAGAUUGGUCGGAGCAGCUGCAGCCAGUUCAAAUCAGGGGAGGUAUGGACCGUGUCCGGCUCUGAUGGGCACGCUAAACAUCAAAAUCCUCCCGAUCUCUUAUCAUUGUCCGAUCGAACUGUAUGGGUCUGGGCCUGUGAAACAAGCUCUGCUCAGCGUGAGUUCGGCCUCUGCUAAGCCGCUCCUUCAAAUAUUUGAGCUAAAUGUAUGAUUUAUUAAAAACUGGUGACUGGUGGGACAACCAAAAGCUUCCUUAUCAUAGGUAUUCAGAGCCGGACUAUUCUUCCUAUGUGAAACAUACUUUAUAAACUACUGUAUUACUGAUAAGUGGUCUAUGAUGCAAUUUAUUAAAACUCGUUAUCAUCUUCUAUUCGAUCAAGAAGAGAUCCAAUUUAAUCAUAAAUUUGUCAUUCUGCCAGCACGCAUGUGCAAGUGAGGCAGUCUGAGCUAGGGGAAAAUCUAUCAGCCGGAUUAACUGUGUUCAUAUUCAUUGGCUGCUAUUUAGAUGUGAUGUAUGCGUCCAAUAGCUGGUUUAGUUGAAAAGGAUGUAUUUAUGUGCAGGUCCGCAAGUAUGUUAUCAGUGGAUGACUACACGGGAUGAGAAUGUGCUCAAUGCGGUGUGUUCGAACCCGUAACACUUGUGACGUACGAUGAGUUGUGGCAGUAUCGACACCAGAUUGCCGGCACACCAUAAUUAUUGGAAUUUGGUGUGGUGUUCGAGAAAUAUACUUCAUAUUUUAGUGGCAUAAA